AUGCAAGACGUUGAAAAAAAAUCGGAAAUGUCUCUGGUACAACAAAAGCGAGCUCUAUUAAACGUGGAAGAUUAUCAUCAACAAGCGAAAAAAAAAUUACCACAAAUGAUCUAUGAUUUUUAUAGUACUGGUUCAGAUGAUCAGUUAACAUUAAUUGAUAAUCAACAAGCUUUUCGUCGAAUAAAAUUGCGUCCAAAAAUACUCAUUGAUGUAUCAUCUCAAUCAGCAGUCAAUUCAAUCAGUUGUCAAACACAACUUUUAAAUUCUACGAUAACAAUUUCAUUUCCAUGCAUUAUUGCUCCAACAGCUUUACAUCGACUAGCUAAUAAUGAACAUGGAGAAUUAGCAACUGUUCGUGCAGCUGUUGCUUGUUCGACAAUAAUGUGUGUCAGUACUAUGGCGUCAAUAUGCAUGGAACGGAUUGCCGAAGAACAUCGGGAGCAAAUUAAAGCAAAUUAUCCUCGAAGUACUUCACAGCUUUGGUACCAGCUAUAUGUGUUCAAAAAUCGUCAAUAUACGCAGAGGCUAAUCGAACAUGCUGAAAGAUGUGGCUAUAAAGCUUUAGUUGUUACCGUUGAUCAUUGCGAAAUAGGCAAUAGAGAAUGUGAUAUUCAUAAUCAAUUUUCAUUACCUGACGGCAUUCAAGCGGAAAAUCUAUUUGAUGAUAAAAGUAUUAUGCAUCCAGAUGAUGCCCGUGAAGCUGUUAAACAUGGCGUAGAAGAAAUUAUUGUUUCGAAUCAUGGUGGUCGACAAUUGGAUACAUGUCAAAGUACCAUUGAUGCUUUACCAGAUAUCAUGAAUGCUAUUAGUAGUGAACUUCAUCAAAUCGAUGUUUAUAUUGAUGGUGGUGUACGACGAGGAACAGAUAUUUUGAAAGCUGUGGCAUUAGGUGCAAAAGCAGUGCUUAUAGGACGGCCAGUAUUAUGGGGUUUGGCAGAAGAUGGAAUGCAAGGUAUAAAAAAUGUGUUGGAUAUAUUGAAAAAAGAAUUUCGAUUGGCUAUGAUGUUAUGUGGAUGUCAAACUGUUGACGAUAUAAGAAGAAACAAUCUUUUAGUCAUAAAUAAUAAUAAUAAUACUCAAUCGAAAUUAUAAAAUAGCUAAACUACUGCAUAUUAUGACGACUGGAAUGAUUGAACACCAUCCCUUUGAGUGCUUAUCCUCUUAAUUUACUACAAUAAAACAAAAGCUAAAUCAUUUUACAAACCUUUCAUAGAAUAUCUCCUUAUAUCAUACUAUAACAUCUAUAGAGAUUGUUGUGCACUGAAUGUUUGGUUUGCAUUUUACCAAGCUAUUGUUUGUAAAAGUUUGCAUCAGAGCUGGUCUCGAGUCGAGUCUGAAUCAUUUCGUAAUAGUACCAAGUCAACUUGUUUUUGCCAUUUCUUCGGUUUCUGUUUAUGUUUAAAGAACGUGAACAAGAAGUAUUUUAUUACACAAAAUCUAGUUCCUAAUUUUUAUGCAACAAACCCAAAGUAGGCUAUCCAUAAAAUAAAAUGGCACAAUCACUCUCGACUUAUCAACAGAAUAACAAAAGUAAAAUCAGCUGAUCUAUAUUAUCCUAACUCCCUUUUCAAUCACCGAUUAUUUAUUAUAAUUGAGACCAAAUGCCUUAUCGUACUUUAAAAAGUAUUAAAAUAGAUAUAUUAGUUUUCAAUAUUCAAUUACCAAGGGCAAUAUAAUAAAGAGUGGUCCAAAAGUUUCGACCCCUCUCAGUAAAUCGAUGAUAUUUAUAACAAAUCUAUAUGAAGUUAUUAAUCAAAUUAUGUCAUUUGGUAGAGGGAGACUAGAGCUAUCAUCUGAAAAAAACCAGUUCGAAAUACAUAAAUCUAUUACAAUCUUAUGUUCAUUUUACUUAUCAUAAGUGAAAAUUUUUAAGUUACUUUUUUUUGACAAAAGCAAAACACCUUCAAUGUUUGAGCCAUGAAAGUCGAAUCAAAUAUUAUUUUUUACAUGUUUUUAAUAGAUAUUUUUAUACAGUUUGAUAGAGUUAAACAAGAUCCACAAGAAUAUGAAUAUCAACAAAAGUUCGAAUCCUGUUACCAAUAUAAAACUAGAAAAAAACCACGUAGACUAAUAAAAAUUUGACAUACUACUGUUUUUUUUUCAUAACAAUAGUAGUAGAUUUUUCUUUGUUACCGUAUCUAUUUAGGAUUUUUGUAUCAAGGAAGAUUGAUUGAAAAGUUUUAUCGUAUUCUCGUUGCUGAUGUUUUUUUUUAAACAGAAACAGUUUUUUAUCUCAGAUAUGAUUUAUCUUUUUUAAAUAGCUCUUCUCAUCAAUUGCACUAACUAUAUUUAUUAGGAUACUGUGUAAUUGUAGAAUUUACAAUGGGUUAUAGACAAGACGAACCAAGAAAUACAGUGAAUAAUAGAAGUCAGCUUUUAAAAAAACCAUUGAGAUAACGAAGUUACAAUUUUGAUUGAACUGUAGCUGGUCAAUUCUCACAAAAAAACAUAUCUUAACAUAAGAAAAUUAGAAAUAAUUGAACAUUAUAUAAAUUUCAUUAAUUUUCAUAUAAAAAUUAAUUCAAAAGACAGAACUAGAUUUAUACAAAAAAAGAUUAAAAGAUAAUAUUUUAGAAAUAUUUUUUACAUCUUGAUUGUGAGGUAAUAAAGAAUUUGAUAUAUACUUUAUUCGCCAGCAAGACGUCAGAGUUAUUGACGGUAAAAGAAAGAAAUAAUAAAAAUUGACUAAAGAAUAUUUUAAAACUUUUCUUUUUAUUAAGAUAAGAGAUUUAUCAAGAAAAAUCCUGUUCGCUGAGAAGAGAACAACUUUAACAAUAACCACCGAAUUAAGUAUCUACCGAAUUCGAAUUUUCAAAUUCAGAUUCAAGCUUGAAUUCAUCUAGGAAGUUUCGGUUAGGUCUUGUGUACAUUCAUUUUCAGUUAAUUAAUAAAUAGGAGUAGAAGUAAGCUAGAAGAAAAGAUUUCGAUGUUGGCUUUGAUGAGUUCAUACAAACUUAAACAAAUGCUUAAAAUGUUGAAGAGCUAUAACAUUCGAAGAAUAAAUUAACCAUCUUCAGAAAUAUCUAAAUUCGAACCCCAAUUUCAUAAUCGCACAGGGACUCUAACCCCAAUAUUCAGAUCAAACGAGAACAUGAAUUGUUCGGUUCUAAAUAGCUAACCAAACUUCAAAUUCAGUACAUAUCUAAAAAUGGUUAAUAAAAACUCGCAAGUCUAUUAAAAAUGAUCGUAAUGAACAGCAAAGAUUUAGCCGUCAAAAAAGAAAGGAGGAGUGUUCGAUCAAUCUGUAAAAAAUGGUUACAACCUAUUGUUCGUAACGUUUUUCAUAGAAAUAGGUGAUAAAAUAAUGAUUUUCUGUUUCUUUCUUAUAUAUUGUUUGUCUUUUAACUUAUUUAUUCAUUUGUCGUAUUUAUGCUCCUACUGAGGCUUAACAAUACUGUAACAUGCAUAACUGUGUCUCACUUCACACGAACUAGACUGUACAAUCGUGACGUGUCCCAUAUGAAUUUGAACCUGAUUAGCUUCGUAUAGUACUUAUUUGUAUUUGGUUCACGAAAAAGCUUUUGAUCCUUUUAUAAAAUCUUCAGACUAGAAAACUUAACAAUGUAAGAUCGAAAUUAUUUUGCUGAUAUCUCAAUAUUAUAAUCAAUGUUAACUUUUUAAAAAUUUUCAAACCGUAAUCAUUAUUUAUAUAGAUUAAAACUCAUUAUCAUAAAAAUCCUUUUCUAGAUUUUUAUUCUAUUUCAAUCAAAUUUUACAAUGAAAUUAUCUAUGAAUUUGAUUUCGAAAAUCUAAUGGCAUUUAUCUUCUUAUUAGUUUAACAUAUAAAUGUUAUAGAAAAUCAGUUCAAACUAGACAAAAUGAAAAGAACAAUGAUGAUUCGAAGAUUCGAACCGAAAAUUAUGAGAAUCAGUUCAAAGGUAAAAAAGCUUUUCACUGGACAAAAUAUACUAAGAGAAUAGGAUUGCAUGAGUCGAGUUUUGUCAUGAAAUGAUUUUGUGACUUCAUUCCGUAUCAUGAAUCAUGUUUAUUCUAUUUUAUCUUCAUUCUAAUUAUCGUUAUUAUCGAACAAAAUACCAACGGAUUGAAUUAAAUACGUAUAUAGACAAAAUAUUAUUUAGAAAAGGCAAAAAUAAAAGAUGAAUCAAAUAUUGAUAAAGAUGCAGACAAAUUUGGACAUAAUUACAAUCAAUACCUGUUUUCUAUUUUAAAUCAAUAUAUAUUAUAUAGAAUCGAAAAUAAAACAAACAAUCAAUUAUUUUUUUGUUGAUAACUAUACUGUAUUCAUUUGUCUUCAUUUUCGCUAUAUAGAUAUGCUCUCGUCAACACACCAAAAAAAAGAGAAUAAUGAUCUUUUCCUCUUAUAUAAAACCGACGUUCGCUUCAUAUUUCCCUGCAUUAAUAGAAUAUUAAUCUAUUUUCAUCGAAUUUAUUCGAUUGAUGUGAGAAAGAAAGAUAAUUGCUUCUUUUUUCUCUAAAGUAUAUUGACAGACAACUACAACAGCACCUGAAUACUAUACGAUAAUAUAUACUCGGGGAUGAUCUCUAUGUAUUUUCUUCUAUUUUGUUAACGUAUUAUUUUAAUUGAUAGUCUUGAAAUAAACAAAUUACUGGUCGCUUGUAUGAUUUUUACUUCAGUGUGUUUCUUUUUAAUUCUAAUCGAAAUUGAUCAUUAUUUCACCAAAGUACUAAAGUUUGUUUUACUUUCUUUACAAAAUAAAAGAAAAUACAUAGAGAUCAUCCCCG